AUGUCACGGGUAUAUGAAAGCGGCCAUGAACACACUUUCCCUCAUUGCUGUGUGCAUUUUGUUCCUUCGCUCUCCCAUUCACCUUUCCUUUUGUUGGACGAGCUGAGCUCGCUGGUCCCGCUGGUUUCGCUUCUUCUUUCACAUCAGAAGCUUACAUCUUCUCCGUUUGAGUUACUCUUUCUCUCCGGAGCGGUGCUCGGUAUCUCGCCUGUACAACAAGUGCACUUCGUCUCGCAGAUCUUCGACAUGGGAAAGCUGGUUUGGCACGAGUAUUCUCGCUAUGUCUCUUUGACUGCGACAGUUUACACUGUGUGGGCCUCGUUUUUCGCCCUGUAUUUCCGCAAGUUCUUUUGGGACUUCAUCGGAGGCACUGUUCGGGACCCCGGAGGUAUCCAGCCCUCACCGAAAGUUGCGGUCUUCAUCACCCUCAUCGUGAAAGUGCCUGUCAUACCAAUUAUCUCAAUGUUAUUGGGUUUUGCGAUGAUUGCUCUGGAAUAUCCCGCACCAUUUUUAAAGGGAACUGCGCUACACAGGAGUAUCAUCGUUCGAAUCAUAGCGUUAAUCAAUCAGGCGUUUCUAGCUGUGUUAUAUUAUGAGGGAACAAACGGGGCACUGUGGUCCCUCGUUGCCGCCAUAUGUUAUACGCGGGCAUUGGCGCUUGGAGAGGUCAUGGAAGAAGCCAAGAACAAUCGUGGAAGAGGCGGGCAGGCCUAA